AUGGAAAGCUAUUUGAACCGCGCAAAUGCAGUUUUCUGCGCACUUAUGGUCAGCCUCAGUGUCCUGGCCAUCGGAAACGUCAUAUCCUCCUACUUCCUCAUGGGCCCCAUAUCGGGAUCCAUAGCCGUGAAAGACGUGUACGGCUUCAGUUACAACUACGCCUUGAACGGGGACCAGGCAGUUUUGUCUUUGGACAUAAAGGCCGAUCUGCGGGGUUUGUUCCAGUGGAACGCGAAGCAGGUGUACCUGUUUGUAGUGGCUGAGUACGAGACGCCGCAGCACCCGACGAACCAAGUGGUGGUGUUUGACCGCAUCAUCAUGGAUGACGGCGUCGCUGUGAUUGACUGGCCAAACACUCCCGCGAAGUACCAUUUUAGAGACAAAGGGAGGGGCCUGAGGGGCCGCGAAGUGACGGUGAAGCUGCAGGUUGUCUACCACCCCAUUGUGGGCCGUAUGUACACCCAAACCAUCGCCACCAACACCUUCCGCAUGCCCGGCCAGUACGACCGCGUCACGCACAAGCAGCAGCAGGAGCAGCAGCAGCAGCAGGCGCGGGAAGCAGCAAUGGCUGCUGCUGCCAGGCCGGAAGACAUUGCAUAG